GCCGAACGGUGGUAUGAGACCAGUCUGUUGCCAAAUAAAGCAAAUGACGUCAGAGUCACGUGACUCAUGUGAUGCUGACUGCGCCAUUGGCGCAUGCGCAGAACGGAAACCGGAAAUAGACUCAGGAGUUACAGAAGUGCAGUAUAAAAACAGAGAAACAGCACAAUGUUUGGCGGUGGAUUCAGAGGAAACAAGCUGAAGACAAACCUCCGGUUGUCCAUCAAUCGCCUGAAGCUGUUGGAGAAAAAGAAAACUGAACUUGCACAGAAGGCCCGCAAGGAGAUAGCUGAGUACCUGGCCAAUGGGAAAGAUGAAAGAGCCAGGAUAAGGGUGGAGCACAUUAUCCGAGAAGAUUACCUAGUCGAGGCCAUGGAGUUGAUCGAGAUGUACUGUGAUCUGCUUCUUGCCCGAUUCGGCCUUAUCGAGAGCAUGAAAACUGUAGAACAAGGACUUCAGGAGGCAGUGUCUACACUGAUUUGGGCAGCCCCUCGCAUGAGCACAGAAGUACAAGAAUUGAAAGUGGUGUCUGACCAACUGUGUGCAAAGUAUGGCAAGGAGUUUGGAAAGCUGUGUCGUAACAAUGAGAUUGCCAGUGUCAACGAAAGGUUGAUGCACAAGAUGAGUGAGCAGGCCCCACCCCGUAUCCUGGUAGAACGGUAUCUUAUUGAGAUUGCGAAGGCCAACAACGUUCCGUUUGAACCUGACCCUACUGUUAUGAUGGAUGCAGAAAUCCCCAUGUCAGCGGAUGACCUACUGCUGAUAGACAUCAAUGACAAGAAGGGGCCAGGGGGUUCUAGUGGGGGCAGUGGUGGUGGUGGUAUGCCUGCACCCCCUCUCCCAGCACAGGGCCCUGCACCCCAGCCAUUCAGCUAUCCACCCCCACAGGGCCCUAGGACGACAGCAGAAGACUACCUAGCCUAUCAGAAGGAGCUUGAGGCCGCAGGCAGGCUGGCAGGGCCCUCAGGUGGCCUGCCCCAGGCACCACAGGCGCCUAGUGCCAAGCAGCCUCCUCCACUCCCCACCCAACCACCUGUCGGCAAACCUUCCACUCCUGCACCAGCAUACAACACAGUUGCCAAUGAUCCUGCGUAUCCACCGAAUCCUGCAUAUCCGCCGAAUGCUGCCGCGUACAUUCCACCAGCCAACCCGGCCAUGCCCAUGCCGCCUGCACCGAGCGCUCCUCCUACAAACACGGACAGUCUACCGGACUUACCGUGUGUCCCGUCAAACAGCUUCCCCAACCCGGGGAACACCAUUGGUGGGGCAUCUGCCGGGGGUGACGAUGUAGAUUUUGACGAUCUAACACGCAGGUUUGAGGAGUUGAAAAACAAAAAGUAAACAGGCAAGCUAGCAAUACAGAACUGGGGUAUCUGUCAGUUAGGAGAGAUUUUUAUAUGCAAAGCAGGAGCUAAUUUGUACAGAAUGUAGACAGCAUCAGAUGAUUUUCAGCUUUCAGGCUUUGUAUAUUAUUAUGUAAGCAAAUACAAUAAAGUAAAUGCCUUAAGUUCACAGCGAUUAAUUUUUGCGGUAGGAAAAAAUGCGGUGUUUGCGGUGGUUUAAAGUUCGCCUUUGCACUAUAGUAUAUACAGUAAUUAAGUUUAACUUAAAACACUUAUAAGUUUGCGUUGAACCAGCCACAGCAAAAACUGCAAACAUAAAACCACCACUAAAAUUUCAAGAAUUAGAGUAGUUUGUUUUCUAGGACGUUAUAAUCUUUGGUAUGGUACAAUGGCUUCUAUCAUGGCAUUGCUAUUGAGUAGCUUUAAGUUGCUGGAAAGAAUUACUAGUACUUUGUGUAGAAAGUAUUGAAAUAUGUAGGUUAUAUUUGGAUACAGAAUAACAUUGUGGGUAUAGGUAAAUGGAUGUAAAAAGCAAGGAAAUAAGGAUGUAAAAGAAGCCACUGUUUUUGUACAGGAAGACAAUUUGCUGUUUAGAUAGUGUGUUUACAAUAAGCUUGUCUUAAAUGCAGUUAUAUGUUUCACAUCAUGUAACUAUAGAUAUGCUGUCCAUUAAUUUUCUUAGAAAAACAACUAUAUAUAUGUGCUGAUUGUAAUAUUUACAUUUUGUUUAAGUAAAAAAUGGUGAAAAGUUAAUGCAUGUGUAGUGUUGUUCAAUGGGUGCCAUCCUCUAGAUGUUUUGAUUUCUUCUUGUAUAAAAUGUUUGCUAUGGUAACCCCUCUUUCAGAGAUUGGUAUAUUUUGCUUCAGAAUCUAUUGUCUUAACAAAAUUGAAAUGAUAAUAUGUGUUAUCAUGCAUGUGUUCCAUUUUCAGUAUAUUGUGCAGAUCUUGGAUGGAUAUGUCAGUUACUGAUAUUUAUGUCAUACCUGGGCCGCGAAAACGUUCGAUACAGGUGUUCCGAACCGUGUGAUAACUUUCUGUAUCACACGGGUUCUAAGUUGUAUCACACAGGCUUCUUUCGAGUAAAUCGAACUUUUUCGAACUGGUCAAAUACGGCACGGUUGAAAAUUCGAAUACCGGAUUCGGACGUUAGAAUUGCUGUUGUUACAAUCUUUUGUUCGAGGAGACAACAUUUUGGAUACAUGUUUGCCCCCAGCUGGUGAUGUAAAAGUUGUAGCACCAAAGGCAAUACAUUUAAAGGUGAUUGGACAGAACAUGAAUCAAUGAAGGUCUCA